UGGCGAAUUGCAUCGCUCGCAUGUUUCAGUCUGUUUUUUAGUUGCUUGGAUUUUCGUAAACGCCUUUUAUCUGAACACCAAAGCGGUUUGCGCCAGCUCCUUUCCGCCUCGAGGCGCGUGCACGGUACAGCGUGGAGCGCGCAUUCCCCCGCUGCCCAGUUUAUACGCUGUGAUGGCCGGGUGACGUCGAGUAAGGGUUAAACUGGGGAGGAGUUUCGUACUGUGUGUGUGUGUGUGUGUGUGUGUGAGAGAGAGAGAGAGAGAGAGGGUAGGUGGGGCUUAACGCACAGCUGCCGACUCUCGUCACAACCUUCAGAGCCGGACAGCGACAGAAAUUGAAUGGGAAGCGCAAAGGUCCUAACGAAGCGAGCACGGGACCUACAAUAAGGUCACGCGCGGAUUUAAAAACAACAAACGGCGAAGGCUGGAUGUACAACUGCUCGCGGGUCGAAUAAGUGCGAAACGUCUCUAAUCGAGUCUUCUGAGAGGACCUUUCCUUCGUCUGUCGUAAAAGGUGGAUCGCACUAAAGAAACGGCUACAUCAACCCAGAUAAAGCACUCAACAGUUUUUUUUAAUACACCGAACGGCGAGUUGGAAGCGAAGACAUGGUUUUUAUGGGAUUACAUGGCAUUUGAGAGAAGAAAAGCAAGUAUUGCUUUAUGCAAACGGAUUAGCUGCUAAAAAUACUGUACGAUCGCAACAAAGAAAAUAAAUGGGGUUUUUUGGUAAGGUUGAAAUAUUCGUAGUUUUGCAUUUUGUCCCAGGACAGGUCUGAUCGGGCGCCGCAUUCUCGUACCCGGGCUAGCCGGGAUAAACUUACUGUAGUAGGAAUAUUGGCCAGUAACCGAUUAUGUUCUUUUUGUGAGAAACACGCGGAUCAACGCAGCAGAACACUGAUUUUUCCGAACGUGUUGGUGGAGAUUGUUCACAGUUAUAAGCGUUGCUUCCGAGAAAUGUGGGCUUUAUCUUUAAGCCUAGUUUCCCUGUCAUAGCGCACAUCGGUAGUGUUUUACGCACGGAAAGCUUGUGACAUUUUCGCGAGGUGUUACAAAUAAGUUUCGAGGGAAAUCGCUUGGACGCCCUGUGCAAAACAUGCUAACUGCCAGCUAUUACCUGACUUAACGUUCUUCUGGACCCCGUUUUCUGGACCCUGAGUAACUUUGGAACUUAAUUUUUUUUAAAUUCUUGCACGAUGUACGAGAGUGUGGAUGUAGUGGGUUUGACUCCGGGUUCAGCUCCGUUCCUGAUGAUGGAUUACUACAACCAGACCCGCGGCUGUCUGAUCCCGGAGAAGGGCGUGAGUGGAGCGGUCCGUCCCUACAGCGCGUCCAUCCGACACCAGCACUGGACCGGCUCAAACCACUCUGUAGAAACGCAGAGCUCCAGUUCGGAGGAGAUCGUGCCCAGCCCCCCCUCGCCCCCCCCUCCCCCGCGGGUCUAUAAGCCCUGUUUCAUCUGCCAGGACAAGAGCUCCGGAUACCACUACGGGGUCAGUGCCUGUGAGGGCUGCAAGGGCUUCUUCAGGAGGAGCAUACAGAAGAACAUGGUGUACACGUGUCACCGUGAGCAGAGCUGCAUCAUUAACAAGGUCACACGGAACCGGUGCCAGUACUGCCGGCUGCAGCGCUGCCUGGAGGUCGGCAUGUCCAAGGAGUCGGUGAGGAACGACCGCAAUAAGAAGAAGAAGGAGGAGAAGAAGCAGCCGGAGUGCACUGAGAGCUACGUUUUGAGUCCGGCCACGGAGGCGAUGAUCGAGCGCGUGAGAAAGGCCCACCAGGAGACCUUCCCCUCGCUCUGCCAGCUGGGGAAAUACACUACAAAUAACAGUGCUCAGCAUCGUGUGGCAUUGGACGUGGACCUGUGGGACAAGUUCAGCGAGCUCUCCACCAAGUGCAUCAUCAAAACCGUGGAGUUCGCCAAGCACCUGCCCGGCUUCACCACGCUCACCAUCGCUGACCAGAUCACCCUGCUGAAGGCCGCCUGCCUCGACAUCCUGAUCCUGCGGAUCUGCACGCGCUACACGCCGGACCAGGACACCAUGACGUUCUCCGACGGGCUGACGCUCAACCGCACGCAGAUGCACAACGCCGGCUUCGGCCCGCUCACCGACCUCGUCUUCGCCUUCGCCAAUCAGCUGCUGCCCCUGGAGAUGGACGACGCCGAGACCGGCCUGCUCAGCGCCAUCUGCCUGCUGUGUGGAGACCGGCAGGAUCUGGAGCAGUCUGAGAAGGUGGACGUGCUGCAGGAGCCUCUGCUGGAGGCUCUGAAGAUGUACGUGAGGAGGAGGAGGCCCCACAAACCACACAUGUUCCCCAAGAUGCUGAUGAAGAUCACUGACCUGAGGAGCAUCAGCGCCAAGGGGGCGGAGCGUGUGAUUACUCUGAAGAUGGAGAUCCCUGGCGCCAUGCCGCCUCUCAUCCAGGAGAUGCUGGAGAACUCUGAGGGGAUGGAGAGCAAGGAGGGGGGGUCGGGGGGGUCCGGGGCGGGCGGGCGGGGCAGCGGGGGGGGCCCCCCGGGCAGCUGCAGCCCCAGCCUGUCGCCCAGCUCCACACACAGCAGCCCCACCCCAAACUCCCCGUAGACUGGGUCUCUACCUCCCCCAAACACCGCCACCAACCCCCCUCCUGGAGCAGACCCACCUGGAGCAGGCCCGGGAAUCUCUGAGGAGCCCCCCCUCCCGGAACACAGAUGCGGGAGUCUCUCCUGGUGCCCCCCCUCCCGGAACACAGAUGCGGGAGUCUCUCCUGGUGCCCCCUAUCCGCCCCCUCACACACCCCACUUCACCCAAACCAGACUGAAGCGGUAUUCACUCCCAGGCCGGGGGGGAGGGGGGGUGUCCCUGUGGCCGCCCACAGAGGAAGGACGGACGGACAGACAGCAGACGGACACAGGAUGCUGUUUGUCCACUGAGGCCACCGUAGUUCUGACAGAGCAGGGUCCACAGAGAGAAGGCCCUUCCCUUUGAGACAGAUGCUUUCUUACAAAAGAUUUACAAAUAUAAAUAUAAAUAUAUUAUAUAUAUAUAAAGACUGAGGAAUGAUUGUAAUUGAAUGGUGAUGGAAUGACUAGUGAAAAGUGUUUUUGUUUUUUUAAGUUUUCCCACUGUUUCCGAGAUGAGAUGCGAUUGUGUUUGCUUCACUGUUCUGGUAUGUUUGUGCUCAUGAUAUUGACGGAAAUUCUCGACAGCGUGAUUGCAAGCUGGUAUAAGUGAAAAGAGUACAAAAAAAAAGUCAAAGCCAGAUUUCUUUUCCACACGUGCACAGGGUUGGGAUAAAAAUGGUGACACAAACUGUU